CGGUCAUCGACCCAAGGGUUUUAGAGGGCAGUUGCGAGUAAAAAAACCACAGGUUCUUCUCCCUAUCCAGUCAUAUCGCCAACGACUGGUUCUUCAUAUGCUACCAACAGAUUCUUCUAUGUCAAUCAAUCAAUGAACUCGUAUCGCCAAUUGGGUAUGACUGUAAAACCAUAAACAGUCACGUUUGUUCCUGCAUUUCGAUGUUUGACCACCAACUGUUCGACCAUUUGUCUCCGAGAUGCUGCCCUCUCCUUUGAAUUCAUCGGCUAUUUACACAAACAACAGUCUGGUUCCCAACAUCUGUCAAUCACAAUAUUUUAAUCGUUUUGUGGAAUGUUAUCGACUUUGCCUGAGAACAACGCAGCUGAAUUCUGGUGUAUCUUCCGGAUUGGUAUUUGUUAGCUCAUCCAGAGGACUUCAAUUACGUAGAGCUUUGCACUGGGGCACUCCUUCAGAGGAGGAGUCAAACAUCUGGGAAUUUAAAGAACUUAAUUCCAGUUAUCUUGAAGGGGAACCGUCUGCUAAAGAGAGCAAUUUAAAUAACUUUGUUGCUGAAACGACAUCAGAUAUGAAUAAGAACGAAAUUUUAAGAAGGAAGAAAAUUGGAUUAGCAAACAAGGGGAGAAUUCCAUGGAACAAAGGAAAGAAACACACCGCAGAGACUCGCGAGUUGAUCAGUCAGAGAACUAAAGAAGCUUUAAAAGACCCCAAGGUAAGAAAGAAAAUGUCUGAAUGCCCUCGCACUCUUAGCGAUCAAACAAAGGCAAAAAUCCGCACGACAAUUACACGACAAUGGAGAGAGCGUUUAAAGUGGAAAAAAUCAAGAGAAAAAUUCAUAUCACAAUGGGCUGAAAGCAUUGCAAACGCUGCUAAGAAAGGCGGGAUUGGCCAGCAAGAACUAGAUUGGGACAGUUACGAAAAGAUUGAAAGAGAGAUUGCUCUUCAACACCUUCAGCGCUCUGCUGACGUGGCAAAAGCGAAGGAAAUGGCACAGAUACGAGCAGAGAGACGAGCAAAAGCGAAAGCUGAGAAAGCGAAGCUUACUUUACAGAAACGGAUGGCAAAAGUAAAAGGGUUAGCAAAGAAGAAGCCAUCAAAGAAAUCGAAAGAAGAAAAAGAGGAGUUGGCAGCGGCUGAAGAUCUGAAACUGAAGGAGAGAUUAACAAAGAUUCACAGGAAAAAAUCUGUAAACGAUCAGCUUAGUAGUCGAGAUCACAGAGCUUGGGAAAGACUUGACCUCAAGUUUUUGAGAGAAGACACUCGGAAAAACGACAAGUCUCUUGCAGAUCAAAUUCGUGACGUUAAGAACAAGAAAGCAGGGGUCUCGAUCACAGGAGUUCUGACAGCUACGCCCCCUAAUCACCAAUCCGGUCAAAUUCGCUAAAACGGGUCGGUUUUUUAAUGGUUGUUUACUAUAAACGACGCGUAUUGGAUCAGAUGUUUUAACUACACAGAAGCCAGAGAAAUAGAUUUACUAGAACUGAAGUGGUAUAAGACCACUGUUUGUAUGCAAUAUUCAUUAUGAAUGAUAUGUGAUUUGAGGCUGAUGGAUAUGUUUUUGAGAACUAUGCACAAUUAUUCAUUUUCUAAAUGGGCAGGUGUCUUCUGUAUCAAUGCUAUGUGAAUGAAUUUGUUGCCUCACUUUUAG